AUGGUCUCCCACGCAGCUCUUCAGGAUUCAAGCCAUCUUACAAAGCCAUCCACAUCAUCUCGUUCCGUAGGUCCCGACGCCCGUGCCUGUGUUUUCCUUGGCUGUGACAGUGCAUUUGCAACUAAAAGGGCCGUUCCUGAUCUAUGUGGUGUUAGUGACAAAGUGUUCGCCUUACUUUUGAGCCUCAUUCCCAGAGUAGCAGAGCGAUCAGACUUUGUGACAGCAGAAAAUAAGCUUUUAUUGUUCCUUGUGAAGAUGAAACAUGGUGUGCCAUUUCGUAUGCUCGGGGUGUUGUUUGGGCUACAUGAGACGACAGCUUCACGAAUAUUUCAUGCAAUCCUAGGCACACUAUGUCGUGCAACUCGCAGUUGGGUAUACAAGCCACCACUUGAUGUAAUCAAGGCGACAUCACCAGCAUGUUUCCGGGCACACUAUCCUGACUGUACAAUGAUAGUGGAUUGUACUGAGGUAAAAACUGAGGUACCUCCUGAAAUAAGGGAAAAGCAUCAUCUCUAUUCCACGUACAAGAGUGGAUACACACUCAAAUCCCUUGUUGCGAUUGCACCAAAUGGCAUGAUCAUAUUCAAGUCUGAAGCAUUCGGAGGCCGCAGCUCGGACGCAGACAUCAGUAUUCGCUCCGGCUUUCUCAACCUAGUUGGCCCUGGUGAUGUCAUCCUAGCUGUCAAGGGCUUUCCUGGUAUCCGUGCAAGCGUAACUGACAAGGACGCAGUGCUAGUGAUGCCGCCUUUUUCAUGUGGGGGCAUCCCAUUUACACCUGAGGAGGUCGAUGAUACUUACCAUAUUUCGAAUGUCAGAGUUCAUGUUGAGCGUGCAAUUCAAAGAUUGAAAAUCUUUGGAAUAUUGACAAAUCGCAUUCCAAAAUAUCUAAUUCCUGCAAUGAGCCAUGUGUUUCACAUGUGUUGUGUGCUGGCAAACCUGCAGCCACACAUACUUAAUAAAGAGGAUUCUGAAAGCACCCUGUAA